AUGGCAAACGAGUUCCAUGGAUCUUCUUUAAGGAGCUCUUCUCCCAACAACCCUAAGUUUAUCCAAAUCAUUACUUCAUUAGAUGAAUUACACUGUCUGAGGAUUCCAGUAGUAUUUGCACAAAGACACUGCGAGAACAUGUUAAACCCCGUGUUUCUUGAGGCUCCCCAUGGAAAACCUUGGGAGGUUGAAGUGGAAAAUUCUCAAGGCCAAAUUUGGCUAGCCAAGGGAUGGAGUGAAUUUUGUGACUAUUACUCAAUAAGAGUCAAGAGCAUAUUAAUUUUCACAUACAACCCGCGUUGUCACUUUGUUGUCGCUAUAUAUGAUCAGAGUAAAACAGAAAUUGAAUAUCCAAUAGAUCAAGAUAUUGAAUCAGAUGAACAAGAGGAAGAUGUUCUAGUUGCCCAAGCUAAUGCUAAUGUAAUCGAUGAAGAUAUUCUAAUUCUCCAAUCUAAUGCUAAUGUAAUCGAAGAAGAUAUUCCAAUUCUCCAAUCUAACGCUAAUGUAAUCGAGGAUGAAGAGGAAGAUAUUCCAGUUAAUAGCCCUCAAACUAAUGCUAAUGUAAUUGAUCAACAUAAGGAGGUUGGAGAAGCUAAUAGUAUAAGUGAAAAAGUUGGUCCAAAUAAUUAUAGUAGUCGAUACAGUUUGGUGGACUUAACUGGUGACAAUCCGUUUUUUGAAAUGGUUAUAAAAAAGUCACAUGCUACUCGUAUGGCUAUCCCGUUGAGAUUCGCCCAACAAACAGACAUAAUAAACAUGAAGAAUAUGAGGUUGGUUAAUGAAGAAGGAGUAGAAUGGAAAGUGAAAAUAGAGUAUACUAGGAGUACGGUUAUCAUAAAAAAAGGAUGGACUGCCUUUCGAAAAGAUAACAAAAUAGCUAAUGGUGAAACUUGUCGCUUCAGGUUGAUUCGGGGCCCCAUUGCAAAUGUUUUGCAGGUUCAGAAGAUCUCAACACCCCUUUGCUUGCAAUAA